AUGACUAAGCGAGUCUCCGAGCUGUCCUCAGAAGCUGUGGAGGAAUUGUUGCCACAGGAGCAGCCAGUGUGUGUAGGACGGUGGCUUAGGCUGGUGGGUUGGGAGUCCAAGCUGAUAUGGUAUCUAUCUGGUGCUUCAAUUGCUGUCUCAUUCUUCAAUUUCAUGCUCAGUUUGGUGACCCAGAUCUUCACUGGCCCUUUGGGUAGCCUUGGAGCUUGCUGGUGCUUCCAUUGCCAAUGUUGGAAUUCAAGGCCUUGCUUAUGGAGUUAUGGGAUCAUGGUGAUACAAGUAAUCGAUUCAAAUCGAUCCGUACACAUCUCUUCUCACGAAAGCGGCGUAUUUCUUAUUGAUUUCCUGCAGAUGCUCAGCAGAAAGAAGAGAAGAGCUCAAAUUGGAAUCCGAUUUCAACAAAGGUCGCUCGCCUUUUCUCAAAUCCCCACCGCGAGGCUCGUCUUCCUUUCAGAGAGGGAGAGGGAGAGAGAGAGAGAGAGAGAGAGAGAGAGAGAGAGAGAGAGAUCGCCGCUACCUCUCACCGACGGUGGAAGAGUAAUAGUUUACAAGAUGUCAAAUACCCUGUUAUUAUGUUUUGAGUUGACAAGAGAAGGCUCGUCUUCCACUCCUGGUUGGAAUCACGAUGUAUUCUUAAGUUUCAGAGAUGAAGACACACGCCACAACUUCAUCGAUGGCUUAUACACUGCUAUGGUUCAAAGAGGGAUGAACACCUUCAGAGACGAUGACGAGCUCCGGAGAGGAGUAGAUGUCGUCUCAGAGCAACUAAUAGCAAUCAAAAAAUCGAGUAUUUCCAUCUUUGUUUUCUCCAGGAACUAUGCUUCUUCCAGGUGGUGCCUCGAUGAGCUCGUCAUGUUACAUGAGAGCAGAAAGACGUUUGGCCAAACAGUUCUGCCUGUUUACUAUGAUGUUGAUCCAUCGGAUGUUCGGACACAGAGUGGGAUCGUCGGGGUAGCAUUUCAUAACCAUGAAGUGCGUUUCAUGGACCAGAUAGAGAAGGUAAGGAAGUGGAGGAGAGCUCUUGAGGAAGCAACGCACUUGCCAGGGUGGAAUCUACGAAAUUGGGGUGAUCAAUUAGAGCUAAUCAGGAAUGCUGUUUUAAGUGCUUUCACGAUGGGAAGGAGAUCCUCUCCGGUGCACCAUCGAGCAUCCAAUAGCUGGUACCAUGACACGCAUCCCGAGUGCUGCAUACACGUCCGAUGCACGCUGGAGUCCUGGACAACUGCUAAUUGGAGGACCCCUCGGCCAUUUGACAUAUUCAUAAACCACCGUGGGGUGGACACGAAGCGCAGCAUCGCUGCCUUGCUUUACGAUAGUUUCGUCCGCCUAAACCUCCAUCCUUUCUUGGAUUACAGGAGUCUAAAACCCGGUGAGAAGCUCGACAAGCUCAUUCAAACUGCUAUGCAGGAAUGUAAGGUUGUGGUGGCCAUAUUCUCUCCAAAUUAUUGCGCUUCUGACAACUGUCUCCGUGAAUUGGCUGUGAUGAUGGAAUGCGAGAAGAAGAUCAUUCCCAUCUUCUAUGAUGUCAACCCCUGUGAUCUUGCGCUUGUGGGCGAUGGAAGCUUUCCGGCCAAGCAGCUGCAUAGGUUUAGAUCGGCGCUUGAGCUGGCAAAGGGCACGGUUGGCAUCUUGUUUGAUUCCUGUAAAGGGGAUUGGUCCGAUUUGGUGAAAAUAGUUUCGGAUAGGGUGGUGGAAAUCUUAAUGGAAUUGCAAGUUGAAAAAAAUUUACCGGCGACGAUAGAAACAUAUUUUCGUGAAAACAAAAGGCAAAAGACGAUAGAAACAGAUCUGAGUCGGGAAUUGGGAUCCUCUCCCCACUUACCUCUUUGAGUGACGUGUAAACCCUUUCUUUUAAAGGUGUGUAAUGAGAGCACAGGCGGAUGCAAUCUUUUCCUUCCUCGUCAAGGGUGGGUUCGACCCUUCUCCAUCAACGAGGUGGUCGCGUCCCUGCAUCAUCCGCAGCUUAAUAAGGUGAUUUCGGCUCCCUCCACUUGGGCUGUUCAGAUGGGUUGUGGGUUUGGUUCGACCCUUCACCGUGGGUUCUACAGUUUGCCAAAGACCACGACUCGAGGUAGGAAGAGUAAUCUGGAUAUCUGGGAGAGCGAUUGCAGUGUCGAGGAAAACCCACCCAUGGAAAGGGUACGGUGCAGUCUGGGAGGGAUCUACGAGUCAAACUCUCUGAGAAGCUGAGCAAGGAGAACUCACUGGAGCUGUUUGAAUCACCCUCUACGGCCCCUGAUGUUGGUUGGAGGACGGAUCUGGUGAAGUGAAUUAUGGGAAUUGUGAAAUUGUUUCCCUUUUUUCUGUUGAUCUAUUUCGGGUUCAAUCAGUUGCCCUGAUUUUUGUGAUUGUGAUGAAUAUCCAAGAUAGACGACCAAUGUAGUACUGUAACAUCAAUUUCAAUAGCUUCAAAGGCUUUUUGGGGAUUUUCUUGGAAGACCAAGAAGGAACAAAGAAGCAAUGCCGACUUGUAUAGAUGAAGCAGGAUUUCCUUCAUUGUAAAAUUCUAGAGCUCUUAUUUCGAAUCAAUUAAUGCAAUAUUUCCUACUGUUUGUCA